GACGUAACCACGUAACGAGAAUGAUAGAUAGAUAUACGUGAUGGUGACAAUUUGUCGUUGUUAACACAAGUUAUUGUGAAAAAUUAUUAUACGCGCGCGAAAAUUUAUAAUAAAUAAAGAAACUUUAAGAUCGAGACAUUUAAAGACAUUUGGAAUGCUAUGCUUUUCGAAUAUCAGUGCUACAAUUUCUUUUUCUUUUAUCAAGAUAAUAUAGUGUACGGAUUAUGUAAAAUGCAAUACAGUGUCAAGAAAUGUCGUUUUUCAUCUUUGGUUAAAAGAUUAUUGAUGUUACUUCAACGAUAUGAUCCCCACUUUCUGAACAUUAUUGUCACGCAAUGCUUCAAACGAAUUUCCUCAAUUUACGUAUCCACACCGUCGCGCGUUGAGCAUCAUUUUCCUCAAUUUUUUGGCGCAUACGCUCAACGUUCAUGGCAAUCGGAACCAAGUUACAUAGACGUUUGAUAAU